CUGCCGGUUCAGUAUAUGUAACUGCCGCGAAUAAAAAAAUCGGAUCUGGGUGACGCAAAGCGUAGCAGAACUUCAGUUGUGUUUUUAAUCGUGGAGUGUACGGUUCGGCUUUGGUGAUUGUACAAUAUGGCUGAACUUCGAAAUUAUUCACCAAAAUCGACAGAUAACGAGUAUCAAAAUGGAAAAGAUCAUAUAACAAAUUAUACCAAUGGAAAUCUCUCUGAUGUACCUAAUGGGAAAGAAAAUAAGGUCACAGAUGAGGAUGAAAAAAAGAAGAAGAAGGAAACUACUCCUAUGGUUGGGCCUUUGGAUGUGUUCAGGUUUUCAGAUUCAGUUGACAAGUUGAUGAUGGUGAUUGGAACAAUAGCUGCCGCAGUUGCAGGCGCUGCUCUCCCUGUCAUGAUUAUUGUUUUUGGGGACAUGAUUGACACUUUUGUAGACACAGGAAACAUUGAGUUGCUGGUCAAGGAAUUAAAAGAAUAUGUACAAUAUAAAGGACUCAAUGAAUCCCAAGUGAUUAAAAACCCAUCUCUUUUACUGAAUAACUGUGAUGAUAUUAAAAAAUACUACAACAACAGCAAAGACUGUGACAUUCUUUUAGAAGGCAUUCUUGAUGACAUGCAGGAAUUUGCCAUCUACUAUUGCAUUAUUGGAGCAGGUGUACUCAUUGCCUCCUAUCUACAAGUGGCGUUGUGGAUGACUGCGGCUGAGCGUCAGGCACAUCGCAUCCGGCAGGAAUUUCUCAAGAAUGUCAUGAGACAAGACAUUGGUUGGUUUGAUACACAUGAAGCUGCUGAACUCAACACAAGAUUGGCGGAUGAUGUGGCGAAAAUCCAAGACGGAAUAGGAGAUAAAAUGGGCACCUUCAUGCAGUGGUUUGCAGCGUUUAUUGCUGGUUUUGCCAUUGGCUUUGCGUAUGGUUGGAAGUUAACUCUUGUGAUUCUGGCAGUCAGUCCAUUGUUGGUUGGUGCAGCUGGACUGUUCGGCAAGUUGGCCUCUUCAAUGACAUCGAAAGAGUUAGAGUCUUAUGCUAAGGCUGGUGCUAUAGCCGAGGAAGUUUUUGGGGCUAUCAGGACUGUUGUAGCUUUUGGUGGCCAGGAGAAAGAGGCUAAGAGAUACACUGUAAACUUAAAAGAUGCUCAUGAAUUUGGUAUCAAGAAAGGACUGACCAUUGGAAUUUCAAUGGGAUUUAUUUGGCUUGUUAUUUUUGGCUGUUAUGCUUUAGGCUUUUGGUACGGUGGAAAACUGGUCAGAGAAGAUGAGCACUACACUGUUGGGAAAAUGAUUGUAGUGUUCUUUUCUGUCCUAAUUGGAGCAUUUUCAUUGGGUAAUGCUGCUCCCAGUUUACAGUCGCUAGCUACAGCCCGUGGCGCCGCCUAUAUCAUCUUUCAAAUUAUUGACUUGAAAUCAGCCAUAGAUAGUAGUUCAAAAGAAGGCAAGACUCUCGCAAAUAUGCAUGGUACUAUCUGUUUUAAGAAUAUUCAUUUCAGCUACCCAUCUCGUCCAAGUGUCAAGAUUUUGAAUGGCUUGAAUUUGGAGGCUAAACCUGGCCAGACUGUUGCUUUAGUGGGCUCCAGUGGUUGCGGUAAAAGUACAACAGUUCAGCUCUUGUUAAGAUUUUAUGAUCCUCAUGAUGGAGAGGUACAACUAGAUGGAACAAAUAUUAAAGAGCUGAACAUCAAAUGGCUGCGUAGCAAUAUUGGGCUUGUUAGCCAGGAGCCAGUGCUGUUUGCUACAACAAUUAAGGAAAAUAUUCGCUAUGGUAGAGAUGAUGUGACUGAAGAUCAGAUCAUUCAAGCCACCAAAAAUGCUAAUGCUUACGACUUUAUUAUGAAACUACCUGAUAAAUUUGAAACGCUGGUUGGUGAGAGAGGAGCUCAGCUUAGUGGUGGUCAGAAACAGAGAAUAGCCAUAGCUCGAGCACUGGUCAGAGAUCCAAAGAUUCUGUUACUUGAUGAAGCUACUUCAGCCCUUGACACAGAGAGUGAAUCAAUAGUGCAGGAUGCCCUCGAUAAGGCAAGACAAGGAAGAACAACUCUUGUGAUUGCACAUCGCCUUUCAACUAUUAAAAAUGCAGACAUUAUUGUUGGCUUUAACAAAGGAGUUGUAGCAGAAAAAGGCACACACGAUGAACUGAUGGCCAUUAAUGGGAUUUACCAUCAACUUGUCACUAAUCAGAGUCAGAAAGAGGCAGAAGAACAAGAAGAAAACGCCAUUGAUCUUGGCGAAGUCAAGCACAAACCAUCUUCAGCAGGACAAAAGGAUCUUAUGAGGCAGGCUUCUCGUGUUGAUCCUAAAGCUGAUGAGGAUUUUGAAUAUAAAGAGGAAGAAGAAAAGUUAACAAACGCCCCUUUCACAAGACUGAUGGCCCUAAAUUCACCAGAGUGGUACUUUAUUAUUCUUGGAUGUUUUGGAAGUAUUGUCAAUGGUGGAGUUCAGCCAGCAUUUGCUGUUAUUUUUAGCAAAAUCCUUGCUGUGUUUGCCAAACCCAAAGAUGAACAAGAAGAUGACAUCCGCGAUUACAGUUUGCUCUUGUUUGGCCUUGGCCUCAUAAGCUUUGUUACAAUGUUUUUACAGGGCUACAUGUUUGGCCGCUCAGGUGAAGCACUCACAAUGAGGCUACGUAAUCUAACCUUCAGAUCCAUGUUGAGACAGGACAUAGGCUGGUAUGAUGAUCAUAAGAACAGUGUGGGAGCACUCACUACAAGAUUAGCUACUGAUGCUUCACUUGUCCAGGGGGUAACAGGUAUCAGACUGGGCACCGCCCUUAUGGCCUUUGCCAACAUGGGUGUGGCUAUCAUAAUCUCCUUUGUGUACGGCUGGCAGCUGACCCUACUUAUUCUGGCCUUCAUGCCAUUUAUUGCUCUGGGUGGGAUGAUGCAGGUCAAACUUUUGGCUGGGCAAGCUGGCAAGAAUAAAAAAGCUUUGGAAGGAGCUGGCAAGGUUGCUGUGGAGAGUAUUGAAAAUAUUCGUACAGUUGCCUCCUUGUCCAAGGAAGAACUGUUCUUCAAGCAGUAUAUGGAGAAGGUGGAGCCACCGUACAAGGAAGCACUGAAGAGAGCUCAUUUGGUGGGCUUUACCUACGCUUUUUCACAGGCCAUCAUCUACUUCGCCUACGCUGCAGCUUUUGUUUUGGGGGCUUAUCUUAUUGAAGAGAAAGAAAUGGAUUUUGAAGAUGUCUUUUUGGUUUUUGGUGCUAUUGUGUUUGGAGCCAUGGGCAUGGGGAAUGCAACUGCUUUUGCCCCAGAUGUUGGCAAGGCUCAGAACGCUGCUAAACACAUCAUAUAUUUACUGGACUCUAAGCCCACUCUUGAUUACACAUCCACUGAAGGACAGAAGCUGCCUGAAAGUUACAAGGCAGAAAUAAAGUUUGAAAAUGUGACCUUCCGAUAUCCAACACGCCCCACGGUUCAAGUUGCCCAAGGGCUGACGUUUUCUGUUUCCCCUGGUCAAACCCUAGCACUGGUGGGCAGCAGUGGCUGUGGUAAAAGUACCUCAGUCCAGCUCAUUGAGAGGUUCUAUGAUGUGGAGAGUGGAAGUGUGCUCCUUGACAACAGUGAAAUAAAGGCACUGAAUCUUCAGUGGUUGAGGGCCCAGAUUGGGAUAGUAUCCCAGGAGCCCAUUUUGUUUGACCGGAGUAUAGCUGAGAACAUUGCCUAUGGGGACAACUCACGUGAAGUCUCAAUGGAUGAAAUCAUCAAAGCUGCUCGUGGUGCUAACAUUCAUGACUUUAUUUCAAACUUACCUGAGGGCUAUGAUACAAAUGUUGGCUCCAAGGGGACACAACUCAGUGGUGGUCAGAAACAGAGAGUGGCUAUAGCUAGAGCACUGGUUCGUCAUCCCAAGGUUCUUCUUUUGGAUGAAGCUACAUCAGCAUUAGACACAGAAAGUGAAAAGAUUGUCCAAGAAGCAUUAGAUAAAGCAAGGGAGGGCAGGACGUGUGUGGUCAUAGCUCACAGGCUGUCCACCAUCAAGAAUGCUGACAAGAUUUGUGUGGUCAGCCACGGGAAGAUUGCCGAGUCUGGCACACACACGGAGCUGUUGAACAAACAGGGCUUGUAUUAUAAGCUGGUCAAGAGCUCAAUGCGGCACUGAUGUGUUUCCAUCUCGUUAUAUUUCAGGUCCUUUGAAAAUAAUCAUAUACAAACUAACAGGCUUUAACAUGUACAAAAAUGUUUUUUUUACACUAGUUUAUACUUCUGUCAUAUUUACUUUUUGUCAUACUUGCAAUAUUUAUUUAAAUGCCAGUUUGUUAUUUUGUCAUUGAAAUAUUUAUAUUUAACCUCUUCACUGUACCCAGUGACCUCAACACCUGUGGAAGUUUAUCCACCUGGGCUUGUAAUUGGAUGAUAUUUGUGGCAACAAUGUGUAACCAGAGUUACCAGUUAGUUUACAAACAUUGUCUUUUUUUUUUAAUGUCCAGAUUUUAUUUGCUAAAGUUGUUGUGCUAAAUCUGAUAACAUGAGUUAACAAUGACGUUAUGACUUUGUUUUUUUUAUCAACCUAUUUAAUUUAAUUAUACCGACAUAAAUUAUUUUUUACAAAUUUAGAAAUCCAUUUGUACAACCAAUUUACAACCAACUGAAGUGAUAUAUUUUACUUCUGGCUAAGUGUAUAGCUGAUUUUCUAAGAUCUGUUUUCUGUAAAUAGAUAAUUCUGUGAUUCUAUGUUAUCAAUACAUUUUAUUGUUAAAUGAUGUUGAAAUCAAAUUAAUUUAUGUCAGUUUUUUACAAUCUUUUUAUUCCUUGCAAUAAUUGUGUGUGUUUUUCAGUUUCUGUUUAAAAUAAAACAGAUUUAUGCAUGGCGUGACAUCUUUAGGUUUUGUAUCUCAUAGCUAAAGUUAAAAUAGUUAGUGAUGCUAGUCAUUUUCAAACUUAGUCGUGUUUUAUGAGCUUUAUUCCUUAUGUGAGGAACUUUAAAAAUCAUUGUUUUAAAAGUGUUGAAUUUAGUUGUUAAAAAUGAAGCUAAAUUGUUGUUUUUUUUGUUGUUAUGUGCACAAUGUUAUAUGAAAGAUAUGAGAAAUCUGUGUUAAUGAUAUAAUCAGGAUUUUAAAAACUUGAAUCUUUAAAACCUGGUGAACUGGCAUUUACUUGUUGUCCAAUGUUACAUAGUUCAAGUUCUCAAUGAACUUGCCAUGCUGUAUGUGUAUAAUGCCAGUAGGUUAGACCAAACCCCCUCCACCUGUUUCUUUCAACUCCUCCACUUGACCAGGCAGUUUUUGCCCAUCUGCGUGUUGCUUCUAAAUGUAACUGUUAAAAAUUAAUAUACAUAUCCAGGUGAAUUUGUAUUGUGAUAUCAUUGACCUUUUAAUAUGAUUGAUUUGAUAUUGUUCUAAUUUACCUCUUAUUAUAGUAGGUAAUUUUUUAAUGCUUUUUUUCUGUCAAAAGUCUGGUUUUUUUAUUUCAUGUAAAUUUCAGCUUUACUUCCUAUGAAUGUGUUCUUGAAACAUCAGUUUAAAAGAUAAGAUAUCUAGACCAGGUGUGAAUCAAUGAGUUUGAGAAUAUGACCAAUAUUGUUUCUGACUGUUGCCGUUUUCAUAUGACUUUCUUUCCUUGCAUUGACUUGCUAGUUGAGGAGUACAUUUGGGAAUGAAAUAAAAAAAAUUUCUUCAGGCCAUACAUAUUUUUCUUAAGCAUAAUAGUAGUGUUUCUAACAGCUUAAAAUUACUUAUCAUUUGUACUUAAAUACACAAGUUUAAUUUAUUGUACAUGUUAAUUGACUUAAAGUAGUUUAUUACAAUUAGUUUACCAGUUUCAUUCAUGUAAAUUUCAAAAUAUGUGGAGUGUUAAAUUUGUUCAUGAUAUAAGAAUUUGGUGCCUAUUAUCUACAGCACAAAUUUAUCAUUGUAUUGUGAUUAAAGAGAAAAUG